UCGAGCCCGGACUGCUCUCCCUCCCGCCGCAGCCAUGGCAGGGGGCUCCGAGAAGGUGCCCAUCGCCCGAGUGGGGCCCGACGAUGUGGAGCUGUGCCUGCCCCCCGCGUACGCGGCGGCCGCGCCGCCCGGGCCGGGCCGGCUGCUGAAGGCCGGGGCCGCCGUGCUGAUCGCCGGGGCUCUCCUGCUGCUGGCCGGGGCCAUCGGCGCCUUCUACUUCUGGAAAGCCACGGAGCGGCAGGUGUACAACGUUCACUAUACUAUGAGCAUUAAUGGAAAAGUACAAGAUGGAUCAAUGGAAAUAGAUGCUGGAAACAACUUAGAGACAUUCAAAACAGGAAGUGGGAGUGAAGAGGCUGUUGAAGUCCAUGAUUUUCAGAUCGGCAUAACUGGGAUCCGUUUUGCUGAAGGAGAAAAGUGUUAUAUCAAAGCUCAGCCGAAAGCUCACAUCCCUGAAGUUGAUGCUAUGAUUAAAGCAAGCCUCUCAUCUGAGCUGGAAGAUGAAAUCAUGCCUGUGAGAUUUGACAAAAACUCCCUUAUCUGGGUGGCUGCAGAUGAGCCUAUCAAGCAUAACAGCUUCCUAAGCCCCAAAAUUUUAGAGCUUUGCAGGGAUCUUCCAAUUUUCUGGCUGCAACCAACAUAUCCCAAAGAUAUCCAAAGGAGAGAAAUGAAGAGAAACAAGCGCCAAUCAGAAUCAAACUUUGAUGAGGAAGACUUGGAAGCUGCUUCUGAAGAAGUAAACCCCAGGUCACGCACUGUGCAGCUGACCCAAGAGCUUGGCCACCAGGGUAAUGAAACCAGACCAAUGGGACAAGAAACUGAUCAAACAUUUAAUCCAGACAACCCAUACAAUCAGCUGGAAGGUGAAGGGAUGGCUUUUGACCCCAUGCUGGAUCACCUGGGCGUGUGCUGCAUUGAGUGCCGGCGAAGUUACACCCAGUGCCAGCGGAUCUGCGAGCCCCUCAUGGGCUACCACCCCUGGCCUUACAACUACCAGGGCUGCCGCACCGCCUGCCGCAUCAUCAUGCCCUGUAGCUGGUGGGUUGCUCGAAUCAUGGGCGUUGUCUGAGAAAAUCCCUUGACCAAAAAAAAAACCAAAAAACCAAAACUGGAGCCUUGACAAAAUAAGCAGGAAAACAAUGAACUGGUAAAAGACUAAAACCAAAGCAGCGGUACCAAUCCAGCCUUAUAAAAUCAGAGCUUGUUUUUCUACAACAAAAGCAAGGUCCAAUACUCCAACUGCAAAUUAAAAUCUCAAGUUAAUAUUCCAUUAGUUUUACAAGAGGCAAGGGUAUAGUAGCACUUCUUGAAUUAAAAAGCAGACAUCCCAAAAAAAGACAAUAUUAAACUUUGCUCACAAUUGGUUUAGCAAUCCAGAAGCUUGCCCAUACAUAUAAAUUCAGCCUUUCAAAACAAACUCCUCUCUUUCCAAGCUGUAUGUGAAAAUUUAUGUCCAAUUAAGCAACUAGCUCAACUUGUACACUUGGGAGUGCCUUUAAUCUAUGUAGCUUACUUAAAUAAAUCCCAAGUUAAGUUGCUCCUUGUUGCUAUUCAGAGUUGCCAGGUCAUUAUGAAUGGUUAUAAACCAAUUACAGCAUACCUUUCCCACAAAGCUGCUCCAGGGGACACGAGAAAGCACACAUUGUGCUAAAUCGGAAACAAACAGCAGGAAAAGGGGCUGUGGAAGGGAACGUGAGUGGCUGCAGAAUCAAAACCCUUCACACAUCCCAACAUCAAAGAAGCCCCAGUAUCAAGAAUCCUGUAUCCAUGAUACCACUGUAGUGUCUAACAAGUAUCUGCUAUCCAGCUACUACAGCAAAAGUAUUUACAUGCAAUUGCAGACCAAGGAGUCUCAAGACCCUUUGGAAUCUACAACAGCCACUGUUAUUAUAAAUCCUUGAACUAGACACUUUUGACACGAGAUUACAACCCUCUUUAUUUCACAUGGAUAGCAACCAUUCACACCAGUACCUUUAGCUUUGCUGAAGAUCCCAUCCCUUCCCCAAAAGAGAAACUCUUUUCUGGUUACCACAAGGGAGGGGGGGGAAAAAAAGCCUUUUUCUUUCCCCAUUUCCUUUCUCAUCUCUCCCUUUUUGUUGAGGCAAACUCAGCAAUUAUUUGGAUUGAUCCCAUUACACAUUAAAUCUCCAAGGAAGGUACUAAGCUGAAGCACUCAAAGGUGGAACAACUUCGUAUUUCUAGCCUUGAAAAACAAAAAUAACAGUAUUACACCGCCUUUAGCCAUACUAUGCAUCCAGAACCCUACCACUGAGUUUAUGGAGUCAUCUACAUCAUCUUUAUUAACAAAAUGGUUCGAUUUUUCUUAAGGGUUGCUUUCUGGAGCAUUCAUUUUUUGUGACUAAACAGCUCUUGAGAUGUUGCAAGCCCAGUAAUGUUAUUAACACUGCAUGACACACAGAAAAGAGGAAUUAACUUGACGUAAUCAUGGCUUAAAGAAAAUAAAGACAACCUCAUGUGGAAUGCUAAACUCCAUAUCUAAAGAGCAAAGUGUUAAAUGAGAAUAAGAUGAGAAUAGAAUUCAGUAUUUUGUUCUAUUGUAGCUUUUUAGUAUAAACUUCACCUUCCCUUAAUCUGAAGGACAGGCUUGCUUUGAAAUAUUUAAAUUAUAAACUUCUUAAAGUGGGAUUUCAAGGCCUGUUAAAUUUGAGUUUCUGCUUUUUAAACUGAAGAUGACCUUGAUCAUUAUGCUGUUUUAGAAGCACGUCUAUCAUAUGCUUAGAAAAGUCAGUUUUCCUUUUUUUUUACUGCAGAUUAAACACACACAUUAAAAAACCCCAGUUGCUUUCUGUGCUUUUUUCAAUGUAGAAGGUGUAACAAUUUUUUCACAUACUCAUUCAAGAACUGUCUGAGGAGGAAAAGAAGGGCAUCAGCAAGUGAAACACUGGAGGGUAAAGAGAGAAAUGCAACUCUAUGUCUGAACUAGACUGUUGCUCUCUUCUGCAUCUUGAGGCAACCUGUCAUCUGCUUCUCCCUGUGUCCCCCAACAAAAGAAACAGCCUUCUUUCGAAGACACAAAAACAACUUCCUUGUAGGUGAUUUCCACGUCUACACAUACUUAACAAAAUUAAUUCUUCCUUAACAAAAGCUUGUCAUCAUUUGCUUCCUAUAGGGAGUCACAAAGCAUCUAAAAAAGCAAAAAAAGCAUCCAGCUCAUGGAUAUAGAGCUGUCACAUAUGGCAUGUACACCUCAAGAACACAUCUACAUACCAUGCCACAAAAGCCCCAGCGGCCAUAACAUUUAUCUAUUUCCAAAACAUAGGCAACAAAAUUCCUUCUCCAACUCAAGCUUCAAACAAGUAAAUUCCUAUUUACCUUCAUACCAGAUACAAAGAGAGAAAAGUAAAGAUCUUGUGCUGCAGCAAGGUUGGAAAAAAAAUUCUACUUCAGUGUAACAUCUGAUUUUGAAGGAAAAGUUCUGAGACAACACAGGGACAGCAGUAAAACCAAAAAGCCAAUGGUGUGAAAAGAUAUUGUGAUAUUCCCUGCAGUUGUAGCUCAGACUCCAGAUCUAACCUUCCACAGUGAUUCUUUCACUACUGUACAGUAUUUACUACCAGUGUUGAAGUUUCUCAUUGCCACCACAAGUGCAAUACCUUGGCACAUUAAUGAGGUUACACGUCAGCAUUUGGGGAAGUAUGGGGCAGGGUGUUCCUUGAAUCUGAUCCUGGGACAGCAGAAAACAGCUGAAGGCUUUCCUUUGGCCAAAGUUCAGGGAAGGAGAAGAGGAAUGAGUCUGUCAUCAAUAGUGUCUCCCACCACAGGUAGGAGGAUGUUUGUCACAGCACUGCAGUUCCACUAUCCUUAAUUACCCAUGUGAUUUUACUAGGAGGAUUAGAAUGGCAGAGCAGAUUAGAGCAGAAAAAGGGGAUAAAUUCAGGCUGCUGAAAAAGAGAUGGAAAACAGGGAGAAAUCCCAUAUGGUUAAAUAGAUUGAAAGUCAGUGAUGGGAAGGCAGGAAGAAUCUUUUUUCUAAAUCUACAGUUCCCUUUCUCCACACUUAAAACAAAUGAACUCUGUCCUUUUUCAUACAGCAAUCACCCUCUACUUGUAUCUACAGUAAAAAGCAAAAAGAAGCUUGGAGGCAUGGAAAGGUGAUCUGGCUUCUCCUCCCAUGUAACACUUCACCCCUACCGCAGCACAAAAAAAUUCCAAUAAAGUCUCAGUGAAUCACUUGUUCCAUGCAGUGCAGGGGAAAAAAAAAAGUAGUGAAGCAUAAAACUACAGUUGUCAAUGAACUGAUUGCUGAUUGACAUGUCUGGGUAGACAGAAUCUCUGCUCAGAAAGGGCAAAAGAGAGACUGAACCAGGAGCACAAUCCUCUGCUUCUGAGAGCCUCAGCUGGCCUUUUACAAACACACAUCUACAAACUGGUCUUUCACAAGCACAUAUAUCAAAGAUGAGAGAGGCAGCCUUAACCUGCAGCAGGCAUCUUCCCCAGGAGCAGAGAGCAAUCCCAUCUAUGGUAUUCAAAUGGGAACUAUUUCAUCUUGCUGUCCUGUUCCAGUAUUUGCAUCAGUACAAAUCAGAGCACUGAGGUCAAACUGCCUCAGUCUUCCAGACACUACUAUCUAUAGAAGACCAAAAGGCUUGGGAAAAAAGCCCUCAAGCGGUUUGAACACAAUUAUAACAUCAUCCACUCUCUCCUUGCAGGCAGUUCUCUUCCUCCAGCCAACUCAUUAUCAGUGUGCUGCCACAUAUUCCACUCACCCUCUUCCAUCCCAAAGGAAAUUCCCAUUGUCACUAUUUUUUUUCAGAGCCCCUUUUCAAUGCUCAAGCUACUGCUAGCAUUCUCUUAUCCACAGUUUCUGGUAAGAUUUUGUGUGUGUUUCGUUUGUGUUUUAACAAGAACAAAAUACACUGUUCAUGAAGUACCUUUCCCCCAGCUUUCUAAGGAAAUUUUGCCUACUUAUUUAAUCCAAUCCCCUCCAAACAAAAAACCCAACACCUCUCCCCCCCCCACACAUUCCCCUCUGCUUAUAAGGCAACAAGACUUGCCAUUAUUGAUUAACAAACUUGAAGGAGGAACACACACAGAUUAUCUGCCUGUGCUCAGUAACAUGCUGGAAUUGUGUCUAGACCUGCAAACUUGGCUUACAGGAUUGAGAUGGACAGGGAGCUCUACCACUUGAUUGCUGCAAGUUUUAGCCUGAAGCUAAAGCAUUAUAUUUGCAUUACAUAUGCCUCAAGAGCACCUAAGUAGCGAUGCAUUUUAUUUUACUUUUUGCCUUAAGCUAAGUGAAUUGAAUCUCAAAGCAGUGAAACAGUACCCACUUAAUACAAGAAUAUAUUGUGUUUAUCUGACAUAAUACUCCCAUGGUCUUUCAGUAAGUGACAGAGGAACCUCUGCUAUGUUCUCUUCAGUAAGUAAGAGCAACUUGAUUGGCAGAAAACAUCUACAAAUUACUUUUUAAUUUCUAUUUAAGAUUUUUACCUAGGCUUUUCCCCACAGCAAGCCUUUGCUAAGCUCUGUUAAGUACUCUGAAUGACAUUUAUAAAGAAAGGUUGGCCAAGACACAAGAACCCAAUUUUGUGACAAAGUGAAGCACUCAGACUUUGUCUUCCUUCUACAUUAAGAAGAAAGAAAUGCUUUUGCGCAUAAAUAAAAAGCAGCAAAGCACUUAUCUGAGAGAACAGAGUUCAAGUACCUAGUCCAAAUCAAAUCAGCUCCAAUGUUAGCAUCCCAUAUGGACAGGCAAAUGCUCUACAUAUCGAGUAACCAGCUACUCAGAAUUCUCUGAAGAUCAAGAAAAGCCUCACACCAAAACUAAAAAAAUCUUAUUUGAAACACAUCCCAAGUAUAUGCUUUGGGAAACUCUUCCAAGAAGCAGACACUGUUCAGGAAAUGUCAAGAGGUAAGGUACACAAAACCCUUCCUAAAUCCAAUCCGCCUUGGUUCACUGCAUUCAAAGAACAGCGUAACAUUCCAUUCUGAAGGUUAUCAAAUUUGAACUUUGGAAAAUGUGUAUCAAUUCUGAAGCCAGAUGUGAUGCAGAAGAAACCACUGUCCAAUCUGCACUGCAGGAUAAGCAUGAUCUAAGUGCAUCAAGAAACUGCAAUUGUAUCAAGACUUGUAGUCACAGUCUAGGUCCAAAAAACCUCACUCUUUUUACAUUUAUGAGAUUUUAAACUCUUAGUAUCUCUCUACUGCACAGGCAUAGUAACAAUAGGGGAAAAAAGCCACUGCACCUUCCUAGCAUCACUGUAAAAUCUAGGUUCCUGUUCUUCAGGAGGAACAGAAUAUAUCCUUCCUUCCUCUUUAAUUUUCAAUCAUAAUUUAAUACCUAACAGCUGCAGACUUCACUCAUCCUAUUAAAAACACCUGUUCUAACAGCCUUUCUACUUUACCAAGCUCAUCCAACUGACACUGUGGAAAAAUAACACAUCCAAUACAAAGACAACAGGCAGAAUAACAAACAGUUAGGAAAACCCCAUGUAAUUAGGAAAGCAAGGAAAAUAGCAAACUUCAAACAGUAUCCAAUGGUUAGAAAGGAAUGAAGUGGCUUUCAUGGUGCUGUCAGUAUUUGCAAUUCAUGGUGUUUCUAUGAUGACAGAACAUUUGGCUAUCUCUGAAUUCCCAAGAGACAGUGGCACACAGACAAGGCAUGUUUAGAACAAUUUUCUGAGUUUAUCUCUCAUGGACUCACAGAAAGGCUGAGGCUGGAAGGCACCCCUGGAAGUGCCCCUGUCCAACCCCCUCGCUUAAGAAGUGGCAUCUCGAGCCAGGUGCCCAGGAGCAUAUUCAGACAGCAUUUGAGCUUCUCUAGGUCCCGUAAACUUGUAUUCGGGAAGUACAAGCACAGACAGUACAAAGAUUCUCAAUUAUUUUUCUCUAUUGUUAUUUACAAUUUGAUCAUGACAAUAAAGCUGCACUGAUGGAAACAACUAAGGACAUACAAGUUUUGUUCUUUAAACAGUUUCUAGUAUUCAGAAAUUACAAAACUUAAAGCAACUGUUUGCUGGCUUUGAUUCCAGGUAAAUUUAUUUUUAAUCUAGAAGGUAGACAGAGGACCUACUUUUCUGUAAAAAUUUCCAGUCACAACAAAUUUGCCAUCCUCCAUGACUGUGACUACAGUUCAACCUAUCACACAGGUGGAAGGACUCCAAAAUGGGUAUUUUUUGUCUGCAUCAAGAAUAGUAAUCUCAUCCUCUUCACCGAGUGCACAUUCUGCUCCUAAGUGUGCCAGCUUUUCUUUUGAAGCAGUACAUUCAU